GUCAUCCAGUCAAGCCGACCAAUCUCAUCGUCCAGUGCUUGUCCAACAGUUGCCCUCAUCGGCCCACGCAGGAAAACUAAACAAAGCCUCUUGUUCUCUGUUUGACGAAGCUGAUAUAUACAAAUAAAUCCCUCCCACUUUUUUUUUUUCUUUGAAGAACUCGGAUCGCUCUCAUGGAGGAUCGUAAGGAGAAGAACGCUGCCUGGCUAUCAGUGCCACAAUACGGGAGCUGGGACCAUACAGGACAGGUGCCAGACUACUCUCUGGAUUUCUCAAAAAUAAGGGAAAAUAGGAAGCAGAACAAGAGGGAUGUGUCUAGAGCGAGUCUUGGGAACGAGGAAGAGCUGAUUGCCUCAUCCACCAACACCAGUACCAAUGGAAGCAACCCUCAAAUUGAUCAGCCGUACCAUCAGAGCCAGCACUCUCCAACUACAAGGAGGAGCUUUCUCAGCUUCUUCAACUGUUGCGUGAAAGCCUGAGACUUGGGAACGCAUAAUUAUAUUGUAUUGGAAAAUUAAUUUAUUUUGCUUAAAUGUUUUGGUUUCUUACUUAUCAAAAAAAAAAAAAAAAAAAAAUGUUUUGGUUUCUUCCUGUACGACAGUGAUAUUGUAUUGGGAAAUUAAUUUAUUUUGCUUAAAUGUUUUGGUUUUUUUCUGUA